UACAUCUGCUUGUGGGAGUGGACCUAGGGAGAGGCGACGAGCCUGAGACGAGUCCCGCACACACUACGGGCAUUUCCUUGGAUAACCUGCGUGCACAUAUUUGAGAAAAAGAAAAAGGCAAGAAAACCACUGCAUGUUCAGCCUAAAAGAGAGAGUAGAAGAAACAGAUUGAGACGCAGAGCACUGCCAAGAUAUGGUGACCCACAUCUAGCCGGUCAUGACAAACACAGUGACAGGGUAACACACGCAUACACACGCACGUAGCUGCUCAAUGGACAGGAGUGAAACUGUGGAUUAUAGAAGGUGUUCUGGCAACUUUACACAACAGUGCGGACAACAGCGUUAGCUCAGGACAAAGGCAAAGGACGGAACUACAGAGGUGGAAAGAUGCACUGAGAGAGAGCUGUUUUACAGGCAAGGCAGCCAUGUCCUGGGAAACCGAUUGGGAUGGACCCACCUAUUUCGCUUCGGAAAGGAACCUCAGCUCGCCCCUGCUCCCAGACCCUACCAACCUCAGCCACACGCGCGAAGGGUCACUCUCUGCCGCAGUUCCCGAAAAUGCCACCGGAUCCCUUCUCCUCAGUCCACCUACACCGAGGAUACGAGACCCAAUCCUGGCCCAGGCCGAGGUCGCAAUUCUGGGGCUGAUUCUGGCCCUGACAGUCCUGGGGAACAGCUUUGUCCUCUGGGUCCUGUUGAGGAAAAGGAAGCAUCGCGCACCCAUGCACCUCUUCAUGGUCAACUUGUGCAUGGCAGACCUGGUGGUGGCCAUCUUCCAAGUGCUUCCCCAGCUGGUGUGGGACAUCACGGAGCGCUUCCAGGGUCCCGAUGCCAUGUGCCGCUUGGUCAAGUACCUGCAGAUCGUGGGCAUGUUCGCUUCUUCUUACAUGAUCGUGGCCAUGACCGUGGAUCGCUAUUACGCCAUCUGCUGCCCCCUUCAGGCAUACCGCGGUGGGGCAACUUCAUGGUGGAAUCCCCCUAUCAUGGUGGCCUGGGGCCUGGCCCUGGUGCUCAGUCUACCCCAGGUAUUCAUUUUCUCCAGGUCAGAGAUGUCUCCAGGAGAGUUUGAGUGCUGGGGUCACUUUGCGGAGUCCUGGGGGCUGAAGGCUUACGUCAGCUGGAUGACCGUGGUUGUGUUUUUACUGCCAGCCCUCAUCAUCACCGUGUGUCAGGUACGGAUAUUCAGGGAGAUCCACAACAACAUCUAUCUUAAAUCGGAAAGGGUGGUGUCGGCAGAGCUGAAGAAGAACUCGGUCCUGCUCCACUUCCACAGAGUGAGAAGAAUAAAGAGAGAGAGGGGCAGGAGAGCAGGAGGACGAGGCAGGGUGCCCAGAGGCGGUCACCUCCCGAAGACUACCCCCAGCUACCUCUGCCGCCCUCACUGUCACAGUCCUCUUCACACUGUUGCCCGCAUGAAUUCGUCAGACUGCGGAUGUCCCCACUCCAAUGGAUCUGCUAAUGGGAGCUCCAGCAAAGAAGAGGCAGAAACAUGUCCAAGUGUCCUGCCCUCUAGUGAGGAUCUGUCCAGUCAUCCUGGCACCUGCCCAACUGUAAGACCCGAACCUGUGGACAAUUUGGAGAACCACCGUCCCGCUCCUGCACUGGGCACGGACGCUUGCCUUAGCUCCUUUGCUUACAACCAUCCCUGCAACAGCUCCUCGGGAUGCCUCUGCGCCCCAUCUCCCUAUGCUCCUCUGACCCACUCCGUCUCACCGUCAAUCCCUGGCGUGUCUAAAGCCAUGUCCAAGACAGUGCGAAUGACCCUGGUCAUAGUGCUGGUCUACACCGUGUGCUGGUCCCCCUUCUUCAUCGUCCAGCUGUGGGCCGCCUGGGACCCCAACUCUCCGAACCAAGGCGUGGCCUUCACCAUCCUCAUGCUGCUGGCGAGCCUCAACUCCUGCACCAACCCCUGGAUCUACACGGCCUUCUCCAGCAGUGUGUCUCAUGAGCUGCAGGCCCUGCUGUGCUGCAAACCCCACUCCACCCGCUGCACCUCCUUUCCCGAUGACUCCAGCACAACACACACUUCCACCACAGCCAAAGACACUCUUUACUGACAGCGGUGCCCGUCUUGCCGUGGCGGGGAAUGGACGUGACCGUUCAUUUGCCGGGUUGCAAACUGGAAAUCCAGCCAUUUCAGUACACUCCGUGGAUACCGAGUAGCCUGUUUAUGGAUCCCUCUGGGACUGUCAAGGAACACGAGUGACACGUGGAAUAUAUUUCUAAUCUACAUUGGAUUGCCAUGAAUGUACAGUUGUGGUCGACUGAUUGCACCCGUACGGGGGGGACCAGAGGUUGCAAAUAAACCAGUACAGAACUGGGAAUUCCAUAAACAUUCAUCAAGGUGGGAAAGGCAGCUUAGGGGACAGAACUAGGAGAGUUUCAGCUGCAGUCAAAACUGUGUGAAUUUAAAUCAGGAAAUUUCCAAAUAACAGCUGUGCACUCUGGCUCCUUGAGUUAUGAAUAAGAAAGAAUUCAGUUUGUAACUCAGUUUGUUCAUAACUACAAUUAGUCACAACUAAUAUAAAGCACAUAAUACAGACAUCCCUCCAUGUAUUUAUGGCUUAAGUUCUGUAAAAAUGUAGCUUUGCUUAGUAGUAUUUUCUAAAACUUUAACAUUUUUUAUUAACUCUGUUGACUAUGUUAUCUAUUUUAAUAUUAAAAAUAAUUUUAAAGGAUUGAAUAAUGUGUUCUCUCUAAAUACUAAAUUCCAAUUGAUUCAUCCCAAGAAAUAUGUAGUGGGCAGCUGGUAGUGUAAUGCUUCGAGCUGCUGCCUUUGGACCCACCUCC